CUCUCUAAGAAAUAAAAGAUUCUUUUGUCCUUUUCCCUGUCAACCCUGAGAGAUGCUGAACAAUGAAAACAAAUAUUCUAUUAUAGAUAAGUUCUCUGUUUCCUCUGAUAGGGCCCAGUUCUCCCUAUAGAUAUCUAACUAAGAUAAACCUUGCCAACAAUUCAAUUCAUUCUAUGGAGGGGCUCAGGGAUUCCUGGUUAAUGAAGAAUAGUCCAACAGAGGUUGAUCUGAGAGAAAACAAAAUGUCACUGUUUGAUACAACAAUACUGGAAAAUAUGAUGAACGAACAGUCGACUAAAAUGACCAAGGUUGAGGAAGGUUUCUAUUUCCUGUUCUCCAAGAACCCCUGGAGAUGUGGAUGUAAAAGAAUAAAGCAUAUCCAGGAGUUCCUGGCUAAAUACCAGUUCCUGCUCAAGGAUGGAGAUGAGAUGGAGUGUUCCAACCUCCCGGUCACAGUAAUUAACUUUAAUUACAAAACAGAGUGUGAACCAGCAGAUCAUCAUCAGCUCAUGGUAUAACUGGAUAGUGAUUAUUGAGUGUAUCCUGGUAGUUCUGGUUCUUGGAAAACUGUGUUAUGACAUAUUUGUUUACCGGAG